AAUGGAAAAGAUGGAUUACCAGGUGCUCAGGGCAUCAUGGGUAAACCUGGAGACAGAGGCCCCAAAGGAGAGCGUGGUGACCAGGGAAUUCCAGGAGACAGAGGUCCACAAGGUGAACGUGGAAAACCAGGUCUUAUGGGCAUGAAGGGGGCUAUAGGUCCUGUGGGGCCACCAGGAAGCAAGGGCUCCAUAGGAUCACCUGGCCACCAAGGCCCUCCAGGCUCUCCAGGCAUCCCUGGCAUGCCGGCUGAUGCUGUUUCAUUUGAAGAAAUCAAAAAGUACAUUAAUCAAGAGGUCCUGAGGAUUUUUGAAGAGAGGAUGGCUGUGUUUCUAUCCCAGCUUAAGCUGCCAGCAGCAAUGCUAUCUGCUCAAGCUCAUGGGAGGCCUGGGCCACCAGGGAAGGAUGGGUUACCCGGACCCCCAGGAGACCCAGGACCCCAAGGCUACCGAGGACAGAAGGGAGAAAGAGGUGAACCUGGAAUUGGGCUGCCCGGGAGCCCAGGUCUUCCCGGAUCUUCAGCAGUGGGCCUGCCAGGUGCCCCAGGGCCUCAAGGACCCCCAGGACCCAGUGGAAGAUGUAAUCCAGAAGAUUGCCUCUAUCCUGCGUCUCCUGCCCAUCAGCAGGCAGGUGCAAAAUGAAAACUGCGAAGGAAGACUUAGUCCCUGGUGAUAACCUCCACGCCAUUAGAGCUG